UACAGUUGAUCCACCUAUUCACGACGAUGCUCUUCAUAAAGAUCAUAUGCAGCAUAGUGCUGAUUCGGUGGAGGUAUGUAAUUUUUUGGUACGUAGUGUUCGCAGUUUUGAGAAUGGUAGUAUAAAUUGUCUUGAAAUGCAUUUUCAAAUCAGGUUAUUUCGUCCACUGAUGCUGAAGCUAAGAAGAAACAGAGAGCUCCCAGGUCAUAUGUGUCCUCCUUAUGCAAGCGCGUGAAGCUGGGAGCACGCGAGCGCAAGCCAUCGGAGAAAGCGAAGGCCAUAUCAGACCAGCCAAAGACCUAUAAAAGGGCUAAAAAAAGGGUCAAAGUUGCCGAAAAAGGUGAGGUUUGUACGGGAAUUACUAUUGUGUCCGAGGAUUCGCCCGCUCGGUCAACCAACAUAUUCGACCCACCGACAAGUUCAUUAAUGGAGCUCCAAAAAUCGGCUCCAACAUGGGAGGAAACCUCUCCCCCGGGAGCGGUAUAGAAUUGUUGUCUCGUCCAUAUGUGUUUAUUUAUCCAUAUUGAAUUUGCUAAGUCUAUACAGUUAAGUUUCCUAACCAAAAUAUCUGUCGUCACCAUUUAUUUAAAGUUAACGAUGUUCAGAGAGUGGCACUGAAACGUAGCUUUCAUGGGAAGGGGACAAGUAUACUCCCUAUUAGGUAUGAAGAAGCUAUUAAAUUCUUCCUCGAAGAACAUGAGUUUGGGUAAGUUAAUUAUAUUAAUUGACCGUUUUUGACAAUUAUCGCAUUUCAAGUUUCUUAAACAUAACUGUUUUAUGUAGGGAUAUAAUAUGGGAGGACGAAGAUCGUACCAAACCUGCAUGCAGCCCUGAUGCCUUAGUGCAGCUCCUGCAUGACAAGGCUCUACGGAGUGACGUAUGCUAACUGUGAUGAACUACUACUGCAAAUUGUAAUUUGGUACUGAGUGCGUACUUCUUUUAUUGCGUACAGGUAAUCAAUGUGUACUUUCGCAUUUUGGAGCUUCUGCCUCGUGCCACUAAUGAGAUUAUUGACAAUCCAUGUUUAUAUUUGCGCUGCGAGAUCCAGGUUUUGAAUUACUGCUCAUGAUGUCUCGUUCUUACAUUUUUCCAAUUGAAAUUCAGCGUGCCAUCUAAGCUGCGUCUCCUAAAUUGUAUGCAGGCUGCCGUGCUCCAGCAUCUACCAUUGGAUUACCUCUCAAUUACCACUGAUGUUACCAAAAGAAUCAUAGAGGCAUUGCUGCCCAGUAUUCAAACAUGGCUUCGGGAAUUCAGAUGUGCCGAUCUUCAAAAGUGUAGAUAUCUCUUCAUUCCGAUGAAUACGGGAUGGCAUUGGUAUCUACUUUCUCUGGACUUGAAGGACCAGCGUUUCGAAUGCUACAACUCCUUGUGGAGUUUCGACGUUGGGGAGGACGCUGUUAGAUAUGCUUCUUUUGUGAGAUCGUGGCUAAACGACGUUGUCGGAUUUCGUAUCCCAGAAUUAGCAUAUUCUGAAAUUCGACAAUGUGCACAACAACGAAAUGAUAGUGUUGACUGCGGGGCAUACAUGCUUAUGUUUGCAGAGGGACUUACCCGAGGCAGCACGAGACCAUUAAAGGAAGAAUUGAAGGAUCCAUCUUUAUACAGGAGCUGGGCUGCAGGGAGUAUUCUAUUGCAUUCCGGGAGCGUUGCCAGCGUUAGGUUUAGGUCAAUGUACCCUGGAAAGACUUGUAUAGAGAAAUCGUAGACUACGUGUUGUAUCACAUGAAUGCAAAUUAGUUGUAAAACUUGAUUGUAAAUGUGUUAUAAAGGAUGUUUGUCCAACUGUAAUUUUCUUGUUCUCUGUAAUAAAACAUUUUCAGACAUAAUAUCAUUAUUCCGUGCAAAGUCCUUAUGUAUUGGCAAUUUUUCCAACUCCCUGUCAUGCUCAUCGCUUAAACGAAAAGUCUACGGUGACUUAUUAAACUGAGCCACCUAAAAAUUG